AGUUCUGGGAUUCCAGGUGUGGUCACCGUGUCCUGCCACCAAAGCCUCCUGAGGGCUGUCCUGGUGUGAUGAGAGGGGUCUGGGGAGGGCUGGCUGUGCCUCCUGAGGGCUGUCCUGGUGUGAUGAGAGGGGUCUGGGGAGGUCUGGCUGUGCCUCCUGAGGGCUGUCCUGGUGUGAUGAGAGGGGUCUGGGGUGGGCUGGCUGUGCCUCCUGAGGGCUGUCCUGGUGUGAUGAGAGGGGUCUGGGGAGGUCUGGUUGUGCCUCCUGAGGGCUGUCCUGGUGUGAUGAGAGGGGUCUGGGGAGGUCUGGCUGUGCCUCCUGAGGGCUGUCCUGGUGUGAUGAGAGGGGUCUGGGGAGGGCUGGCUGUGCCUCCUGAGGGCUGUCCUGGUGUGAUGAGAGGGGUCUGGGGAGGGCUGGCUGUGCCUCCUGAGGGCUGUCCUGGUGUGAUGAGAGGGGUCUGGGGAGGGCUGGCUGUGCCUCCUGAGGGCUGUCCUGGUGUGAUGAGAGGGGUCUGGGGAGGGCUGGCUGUGCCUCCUGAGGGCUGUCCUGGUGUGAUGAGAGGGGUCUGGGGAGGUCUGGCUGUGCCUCCUGAGGGCUGUCCUGGUGUGAUGAGAGGGGUCUGGGGUGGGCUGGCUGUGCCUCCUGAGGGCUGUCCUGGUGUGAUGAGAGGGGUCUGGGGAGGUCUGGCUGUGCCUCCUGAGGGCUGUCCUGGUGUGAUGAGAGGGGUCUGGGGAGGGCUGGCUGUGCCUCCUGAGGGCUGUCCUGGUGUGAUGAGAGGGGUCUGGGGAGGUCUGGCUGUGCCUCCUGAGGGCUGUCCUGGUGUGAUGAGAGGGGUCUGGGGAGGGCUGACUGUGCCUCCUGAGGGCUGUCCUGGUGUCUAUGCUUUUCCUUUGUCCUGUUACCUGCCCGUACACUGGGCUGUCAGGGCACUGAAAUCAUCCCUGUCUGUCCUGUCAUGCUGUGCUGUCAUUUUUAGUCAAACCAGAGGAUAUGGUGCUUUUCUGUGUUUCACAUGCAGCUGUUCCCAUUGGCUUCAAACGGGCCUGUUUUAAGGCUUCGUGUGAGGUGUGUGGGAUGUGGGUUUCACUGCAAAGCAGAAGGCAGCAUGGAGCUGGGCUUGGCCUCUGCUGUCUGGUAUAGACAAGCCUGGGGAUCAGGUGUAGCUGCAGACACGGCUGGGCGCAGAGGGAGGGACCUCAUUUCCCAGCCACCUAUUCCUGCCCUGCCUCACUCCCCUGGGAAUGUGAUAAUGUGAU